UACUUCUACCUCUUCCAAAUCUUCUACAAGCUCGUCAUUUGCUUCAACAAGCUGGCCUUCCUGCUCCUCUACCUCCGCGUCUUCCAAUUCACGCCCUUCCGCCCCAUCUGCCUCGCCUCCAUCGUGGUGGUCAUCGCCAGCUCCUUCAGCUUCAUCCUCGCCACCAUCCUCGAGUGCAUCCCGGUGGCCAAAAACUGGGACAAGGCCCUACCGGGGCACUGCAUAGCGAACGCGCCGUUCCGCUGGUCCUGGGCCGGCGUGAACACGCUGACAGACAUCUGGGUCUCCUUCCUCCCCGCGCCCUUCAUCCAGCGCCUGCAGAUGAACCGCGCCAAGCGCGCCGGCCUCGCCGUCCUCUUCGCCCUCGGCCUGUUCGUCUGCGCCGCCAGCGGCAUCCGCAUGAAGGCCAUGGUCGCCAGCACCCGCGCCGCGCGCGACCCAACGUGGGACUCGGCCCCGGCCUUCCUGUGGUCCUAUGUCGAGGCCAGCGUCGGGCUCGUGUGCACGUGCCUGCCGUCCCUGCGCUGGCUCCUGGCAAGAGUG